AUGAGAGCGACCGCGUCUUUCGUUCUUCAGGUGAUUGUAUUGCAGCUGACAAGAUGCUACGGCGGCGGCGGUGGCGGUGGCGGUGGCGGGCCGAGCACGUUCGGAUACGACGCCUCCUCGGCCUGCAGCAAGCCGUACUCGCGCGCAGGACGCGCGCACCACGAGGAUCUACCCUGUGACUUUCGCCGACAGAACUGGUGCACGAUCGCCGGUAGCUCUUAUCCUUGGCACGCGGUGCGCCGAUUUGUGCAAGAGAAUCAAGGGUUGAUGAGACGUAUGUACGGCGAUGAGAAUUACAUCAGUGUCCUUCGAGCGGAAUUCGAAAAGAACGAUAUCGAAUUAAAGUACGAUGAGUACCAUCAUUUCGCCGACGAUCUGAGACAAUUCCAAUAUGACGACGAUUACGAAUUCAUCGAUGGCGCGAAGAUUCACGAAGGCGAGUACGAGGGACGUGGAUUUACUAGUCGCUCUUUCAACGAUCCCAUCGCCAAGCGAAUGAAUAAGUUCUCGAAGCUCAGCGAGUACACCAGGCCGCAUUUCAGGCCCACCGAACGGACCACCAGUUCGACCACCCCGAGCACGACGACUACCUCUACAACCUCGUCGUCUUCGACGUCGACUAGUGCCACGACUCUCGUUACGUCUUCAACGCCCGCGUCGUCAACCGCCUCCACUGUUACGAGCACGGAAGAGGUCAAGACUCAAACCUCCGUAACGUCAACCACUCCAAAGUUUUCGAACACCACUGUCAAGGUUGCUGACAGCAGCGAUGGCAUUCCUGCAGUGAAUGGCACGACGACGGCAUCGCCGAGCAUCACUGUGGCGCAGAUCGUCAAGGAACAAAAUUUCAGCAUCAACGAGAUUCCCGGGCAAAACGACAGAAUCGAUGAGGACGUGGAGGAGGAACCAGAAGUGGUAGCGUAUUCGGAGAAAACGACGAUCGAGGAGAACACAACUACCUUGGAACCAGCCGGAAUAACAACGAUCCCUACGGAAUCGUUAGUCAAUCAGGAAGACGAGGAGGAGGAGGAGGAGGAGGAGGAAGUGCUUGGGGCUGCUACGAAGACAACGGUACAUGAGGAGCUGAUAACCGCAGCGAGUUACGAGCAACAGUUCAGACCGCGUCCCGAGUAUCGGCCGUCGGGUGUCGCCGAGGCAUCGGCGAGCACUGGGGGACAGCUUUAUCAGGAUGUUGCAGCGAAGGAUCAGCAGGAGCAGCCGGUGCUGAAGCUUAGAGGAGUGUGA